AUGCGACGAGAGGAAGCUGCUGAGGUGCUUGGGUGCGCGGUGGAUAGCGCGCCCGAGGAGAUAAGGGCGCAGUAUCGGAAACUGUCUAUGAAAAUGCACCCGGACCGGCCUGGGGGCUCUGAGGAGCUGUUUGUUCGGCUGAGCGAGGCGUACAACACGCUUACCGAGAAAAUGGGCGUGGAAAGAGAGGCAAUAACGGCAGACGCGUUCCAAAGAUUCAAAAGCAUGUACGAGGGCUCUGAAGAGGAAAAGAACGAGCUGGUGGCUUUGUACAAAAAGCACAAAGGGCAGAUGUCGAAAAUCAUUGACAGCCUGCUUCUGGGAGAGGACGAGCAAGAGAGCCGAUACAGAGAAAUACUUGACGCCUGCAUAAAGAAGGAGGCGCUGCAGGAGUACCCGAAGUACAGAGCAAAGCCUCUGAUGGCGAAUAAAAAAAGGCAGGCAAAGAGAGAGAAGGAAAAGGAGGCUGCCGAGGCGCUGGCAAAAGACCUGGAAAGCCGGGCGGAAGAAAGAAAGGCGCGCUACUCUCAGAUGAUAGAGCGGCUGGAGGAAAUGGCUGCAGCCCCCAAGAAAAAACGCAAUAGGUAG